AUGAGUAGCGAAAUAGACAUCCGGAAGCUGAAAUGGGUGCCUGAAAGUAUUGGCAGACUUCAACGGUCAAACACCAAGGGGAUUGUGGAGAAUCCCAGAUACGGCACUGGAGAAAUCAAUCUUGAGAAAAGGUUCACCGGAGAUCAAUGCUUCAGGUCCAAUAGCAUUCCCAAAUCAUUCCAGCUUAGUAGGGGAGGGUCGAAUAUUGUGAUGAUCGAUUCUGUGAAAGACGUCGGUGAGCAUUCAGAUCAUUUGGUUCUUGUGGACAUGAGAAAACUCAAGUAUAAAUAUGGUGAUCGCGAAACAUACCCGAACCUUUCAGAGAGAAUCUCACUCCCCAGAAUUCGAGAUGUCAAAAUGUCCAAACACCAUUCAGUUGUCCUCACUACAGAGCCCCAGGCCAACAUAUUCGUCAAAGGAUUGGGCACUCGGGGUCGUUUGGGAUUGGGAAAUGGACAGCCUCAAGACGCUUUUGUUGGAAUUCCUGCUUUUGAGAAAGAGCGGGUUUUGUUUGCGGAUGUGAGCAAUGACCACUCAAUAUGUUUGACUGCGGACGGCAACGUGUAUACUUGGGGCUUGAACUCUUACGGUCAGUUGGGCUAUCAAGUCGACUUGCUUCCUCAUCAAACAGAAGCUUGUGUUUCUGUUCCAAGACUAGUCAAAACAGGGGAUUUGAAGAAGCAGACAAAUUGCCAGAUUCUCGGAGUCAGCUGCUCGAAAUUCCACUCUUUGGUUUAUACGAAAAGCGAGAUAUAUUUUUGGGGUUUGAACGUUGGUCAAUUCGGGUUCAGUCCUUCGGGAAACACAAACAAAGUGCCUGGUAAGAAUGGAGUUGGUAUGAUUCAGGUAAACCCAAGAAAAUUGGCAUUCACCUAUGGAGAUAUUAGGAAUGUCUCUGCUGCAGACAGUUUCACAGUUGUUCUAAACAAUACCAACGAGCUGCACUUCUAUCUCAACGGCUUCCACUCAAAAGUGAUACCUCCGCUGCUCAACAAAAUUGACUCAAAAUCCUUCAACACUUUCCGUCCGCGUGUACUUUCGCAGAGAAAGUCAAUAUCGAAAAUCGUGGCGCAGAAAGGAUGCGACUCGUGUCUUCUUUUGCUCGAUAAUGGAGAUAUUAUACAGCUCAAUUUUGACGUUAAAAGUUUGGAUAAUGCUUCGUUUCAAAAAAGUGUUCGUUUUGCCACCAUCUGGAAGGCCUCAAAAGAGCACUUGCGAUGCACAGACGUUGACAUGGGAAAUGAUGGCUCUAUAAUCAUCUCGGUCCAGGACGGCUCCGCGUAUAAACGUAUCAAGCGUGCUGUCGUGAAGGAUUCCAAGUCCUCGCACGGCUACAUCUCGAAAAAAUUCAAGUUCUCCAAGAUCGUUGGUCUCAAUAAGGUUGUUAGAGUGGUUUCUGAUCCUCUGUUUUCCAAUUUUGCGUUUAUUCGGGACGAUACCGAUCUUAUACCUCAUAGACUAGCAAAGUCGUCUAUUCUUCGGGAUUUUUAUAACCUGUCGCCAUUAUGCGAAAUACAGGAUGAUCGACUUGUUCAGCGUCGUGCCAUAGUCGACAAGGUGGGCAAGUCAUCUAUGUCGUUGGACACCAGCUUCAAAACCAACUUUGUAUAUAGAACCAAGGUUUUGGAUGUUGGAGAGGAGGAGACUUUAUUCGGGCAGCGAGUCAUUGAAGAGGAUUCGAAAGCUCAAUCAAAUGACUUAAUUGUCAAUCUCCAGAACACCAGGUGGACACAGGACAAAGAUAGCACUGAUACGGUAGCGAGUAUCAAUGAUGAUGACAUCGUUCGCGAGACUCUGAAAUCGGAGAACAUUGAUUAUUGGCUGACCAUGAAGGAUUUUGCAAAAGGAAAAUACUAUGAUUAUACAGUGUCCGUUGAUGGCGUCGAUAUAGGCGUGCAUCGAGAAGUGCUGGAGCUGCGAUGCGAAGUUCUUCGCAGCUUAAUUCACCAAAAUGGCACUUUGGAGCGCAAUGGGGUCGUGCUGACCAGUACCCCAAGAAAACUGGAAUUUACCGGCAAAAUCACCCUUUGUGCAGUGCUUGUGGCUCUACAUUUCUUAUACACUGACCAGUAUCUCGACGUGUGGACAGACUACCCGCUGGGGAAAACUCCCAAACAUGUGCAGGAGAGCAAAGAGGCUUUUGAGAACAUAUCCAAAAUGCUGCGUAUUGUCUCUCCUAUGGGCCGUGUUGAAUGUACAAACCCAUUGCGCAGCGACUUGGUAAAUCUACACGGUGACUGUUUGGUCAAGUUGCAAGACAAAAAUGUGACUGUUUUCAAGCCGCUCCUAGUUGCGAGAAGUGCAUAUUUCGAAACGCUCUUCUCCAGCCGGUGGAAUAUGGAUUUUGCUUCGUUACCUGACAUCAACUCGGUUGUGUUUGGGAUUAUACUGAAGUACCUUUAUGGCCUGGAAUAUGAUGAACUAUUCAAUGAUGUGGAGCAAAUUGACGAUGUCACGUCGUUUAUUAAUCUCGCACUGGAUGUCAUGGAUGCUGCUGAGCAACUCAUGUUGGACGAACUGAGCGAUAUUUGCCAGCUAUUAAUAAAGGAUUUUAUCAGCUUGGACAAUGUGCAAUAUUUGCUCCGCCAUUCAUACAACAUGAAGGCUUACAAACUAUUUGGUAACUGUUUGUGGUUCAUGUACAAUAACUUGGACGUUCUCCUUCUUGACCCAUGUUUUGGAGAGAUGGUUGAGGAAGAAGAGAAUGCGUUUUUAAACACAGUCAAUGAUGCCAUGAAAUGGUUUGCAACCCUCAAAAACCACCAUCGCGAGACACCUGCUCUCUAUCUGCAAAACAAUCCGGAGCUCAUUCGCGAGAUGGUUGAUGACAUGGACAGUUACAACGGGCACUUCAUUCAUCCUUUGCUUUGGGACGUUUCCAGACCGGUAUUCGAGGACCAGGCACCAGUGCCGAAAAUCAGCUCGGCAGAGCGCAGAAGACGGUCUUCUGCAAGACGUCUUGAGGAAAAUAAAUCCAACGUUCCCGGCGCAACGGCUAAACCGCGCACUUUGUCCAAGGUUCUGUACACUCAAAAAAUGCUCUCGCAAAGCACUGAAGAAUCUGAUGAAAAUGCCAUCGCCGAUGAUGAUACAGAUAAUGAUUUUGUCUUGGUCACAAAUAGAAAACCGUCCGCCAGGUCAAGCUUCUCGGUAUCUAGUCCGAUUCCUAUACAAAAGAGCGGUUCUAUCAGCAAUGCGAAAAAGCUUUCGCCUCCUCCAGUUUCGCCCAGCAGUUCUGGCCAUAUAUCGGUCACCAUUCAUCACGAAACCCCUAACACGAGUGCAGGAAGUUUUCUAACGCUAGCCGAAUCCUAUGGUUCUCCCGGAACUCCUGGAUACAAGUCCACCAGCCCUGCUCCUCCCGUUGUCAAGGCAAGCUCCAAAAGUAUGCCUCGACUAUCGCAAAGGGAGCGGAUCAAGAGAGGCAAGCAGCAACAGUCUUUAGCUACAGGUUCUAGUAUCAUGAACAACGUCAAUGUAUGGGGAGCUUCUCCUCCAGAUACUCCUUCAAAACCUUACACCCUGGUGAAUCAAAGUGAGGUGCUUGCAUCUGUGCCGUCUUUCGAGAGCGUUCUGCAGGAGGAAAAGAUGCUUCAAGAGAAGCAGAAUCCUCAGCCGGUGAGAUCUUUUGAAGAUAUACAGAACGAGGAGCGGUUUGAGCAGUGGUGGGCCCAGGAAAGCGCGCGUGUGCAGAGAGAGCUCCAGCAGGCACAAGAGGCAGAUAGGCCUCGUCAAAAUCGCCGGAACAGUCGCAAAUCUUCCAACUCCAAAGACAGUAGCCAAAGAGACGGCUCCAAAAAAGUACCCAAAAAGCACUAUCAGCGUCGUGCUGAUAGUAAAAUUGAGGUUAAAUGA